AUGGCGACCGGAGCAAUAGAUAACGGGUCUGUCACACAUCGCGAUGCGGUGCGACUGAUCACCCGUCUAGACUGGUCAUCCCGACUGAUCGAUGCCAUCAUGGAAGAGCAGCAUGCAGGACCGCGUAAUGUUGAUGUUUCGUUCCAGGCUUCAGAUAUAAUCACUGAAGUUGGUGAAUAUUUUCUGAUUGAGCAAAACCUGCUGACCUUGUUCGAUCAGUGGCAAGCUGUACACUUAAUUUCCACCAACUAA